GCCCCCACAGAUUAAAGAGGAACAGGAGCUGUGGACCAGUCAGGAGGAGAUCUGCUCCAAGGACUGCAGUCUGAAACUGCAGAUUCUCUAGAUUUACCAAAGGAGUUUUAUGGUUUUAGCGUCAACAUGUCUAAAUUAAACAUGAUCAGAAUUUUUUUACGUGAGAGACUAACAAUGGCGGCGUUGGAGAUUUUCGAGGUCGUUGAAGUAAUGUUUGCUGAGUGCCAAGACGAAAUCUCUCGUUCCAAGGAGGAGAAUGCGCGGCUACAACGGCUGUUGGAUGUUGUCAGUCAACCUAAUAUCACGUUACACAGAACAGAUAUGCAGCAGUUCUCUCUCCCGGAGCCCCCACAGAUUAAAGAGGAACAGGAGCUGUGGACCAGUCAGGAGGAAGAGCAGCUCCAAGGAUUGCAGUCUGAAACUACAAACUCCAUCUUUACUUCUCUCUGUGUGAAACAUGAUUCUGUUCAGGAGAGUUCCUCUGAACGUUCACAUAUAAACCAGACUUUUAAAGUAGAGGACAGAGAAGGAGACUUUCUACCCACCAACACAACUGAGGAGCAAAUCAAAGCAGAGCCUCAGGUACAAGACUAUGCAGCACCAGAACCAGGCAGUGACUCUCAGCCUGUCUCUGUUGUAGCACCAGACUGUCCUGCAGCUCAGAGUUUGGAGGAGGAACAUGGAGGAGUGCUGCUUCUACAGAACAGAACACAGAACAAUGAGGCUCUUCCAGGGGACAAUAGACCACAGGGAAGUCACAGAGUAAAAACAAGACAUCAGUGUCAACAAUGUAACAAAACGUUUAGUCUGAAAUCCAGUUUGGUUCGUCAUAUGAGGAUGCACACACGAGAUAUACCCUAUCAAUAUCAACAUGGCAGCAAACAGUUUGCUCAUAAGUUAUGUCUGGUUGACCACGUGAAGACACACACAGGAGAGAAAUCAUAUCAGUGUCAGGAAUGUCGCAAAAGAUUUAGCUUGAAGAGUCAAUUGGUUGUGCACAUGAGGACACACACCGGAGAGAAACCAUUUCAGUGUCAGGAAUGUAACAAAAGAUUUAGCAUGAAAUGUACUUUGGUUCGUCAUAUGAGGAUGCACACAGGAAAAAAACCCAAUCAAUGUCAACAAUGUAGCCAACAGUUUGCUAGUAAUUUUUGUCUGGUUGACCAUAUGAGGAUACACACAGGAGAGAAGCCAUUACACUGUCAGGAAUGUUUCAAAAUAUUUAACUUUAAGAGUCAUUUGAUUAUGCACAUGAGGACACACACAGGAGAGAAACCUUAUCAGUGUCAGGAAUGUAACAAAAGAUUUAGCGUGAAAUGUACCUUGGUUCGUCACAUGAAGACACACACAGGAGAGAAACCAUAUCAGUGUCAGGAAUGUAAAAAAUGUUUUAGCCAAAAGUCUAGUCUAGUUACACAUAUGAUGACCCACAGGAUGUAAACCUUAGCAGUGUCAGGAAUGUAACUAACCUUUCAGUCACAAGUCUCAUUUGUUUCAACAUGUUCAUUCUUGUUUGAGAUAUCUUGUAAUAUUGGGUGUGCCUGCCUUUGGCAAGGCGCCACUAGGGAUGGCAAUCAUUCUAGUUUUAAUAGUAUUACUAUGUUACUGAUACUGCUUGUCAUCCAAUACUUGUACAAGUAUUGAUAAUUAAUUCAUUAUAAACUUUUGUAUUGUCAGGUAAGACCAUUCAAGUAUAAUAAUAUGCUGAACACAUGCUGUGCCCAGUAAGUAAAUGUACUAUGGAUACUAUCUGUGUAUGUGUGCCCCAGGGUAUAGAAGCCACUCUGUAACCUACACACUGCAUUCAUUCGACCACCAAAUGGUGUUGAUGGUUUAUUAAGUCCCGGGCUGGCUACUAAUAAAUCUGGUCAACUUUUCUCUGACUUUG